AACACGUCCCUUUCCAAUAUAUUAUUCUGAUCGUCCUCGUAUAUCGUUGCAAUGUCACACUCAAAUGCGUCUGGUAACGCGUCUGGAACUCCAAAGAGAGCACUUGGAAAUCUUAAGCUUGAACUCUUGAACGAACAGAAGCAAGAGAUUAGAGAGGCAUUCUCACUCUUUGACAUGAAUAAUGACGGAUGUUUGGAUUACCAUGAACUUAAAGUUGCCUUCAGAGCUUUGGGCUUUGAUUUAUCCAAGCGUGAAGUGUUGGAUAUCAUCCAUGAAUAUGAUACUGAAGAUCGUAACUUGAUCACGUAUGAAAACUUCUUCCAAGCAGUGGGGGAAAUGAUUGUCAAUAGAGACCCCUUGGAUGAAAUCCGUCGUGCCUUUAAGCUCUUUGACGAUGAUAACACCGGAAAAAUCAGUUUACGAAACCUUAGAAGAGUGUCCAAAGAAUUAGGAGAAAACUUGACCGACGACGAACUCAGAGCCAUGAUCGAUGAGUUUGAUUUGGAUGAAGAUGGAGAAAUCAAUGAACAAGAGUUCAUAAAUAUUUGUACUGAAUAAAGUCAAAAACAAGAAAAAAUAAAAUAAACUAAUGAUGAUAAUUAAAAUCCUCAAACUAAUGAGAGUAAAAUUCCUUAUUUGAUCUACAAUAUCGAAUUCUACAGAUAAAUAUUGGUAACCUUUGUCUUUGUUGUUUCUGUACAUUCUUUAUGGUGAUGUCUCGUGACCCACGGCCUGUAUACUGAUAUCCUUUGGAUAUGCAGGAUCCAAUCGGAAUGAUAGUCGUUCAGGAUUGCAGGUGAUUGGAAUCACGUGGAUGUGCAGACUGUACUAUACUUAAUAAAUAUAUGUUAAAUUGUA